AUGGAAGCUAGCACAGUUGCUAAAAUUUUAGUUGACAAUGUUAUAACUAGAUUUGGUAUUCCAAACAAUAUUCAUUCAGAUCAAGGAUCACAGUUUGAAAGUAAGCUUUUCCGUGAGUUAUGUAAUUUAUUACAGAUAAAGAAAACAAGGACAACACCAUAUCAUGCUCAAUCUGACGGAAUGGUGGAAAGGUUUAAUAAAACAUUAGCUUCAAUGUUAAGUAAUUCAUGCAAACAGAAUGCGAAAAGCACCAAAACAGUUUUAACAUUUGAAGAGAGCCCAGUAAUUUCUGAUUCUUUUCAGGAAGAUACAAUCAUAGAUGAACAAGAGAUAGAGAAUCGUGAAGAAAUAGUAUCAAGUAAAAGUAGAUAUGGUAGGGAAAGAAGAAACCAUAUUGGUUUAAUGAUUAUAUUUUAUUCUAUUUCCAGGUCAGCAUUAUCAAGAGAUAAAAUGUCAAAACAUGCAGGUGAGGGGGGGCGAAAAAAGAAAGAAUACCAUGUGAUGUGUGUGGAGUAA